AAUAUUUCUGCAUAUUAGACCAUCCUCUGAAUGUGAAGACACAUCUGGGCAUUUCAUCAUGACAAUGGAUGGCAGCCCAGACAGGUUCAUUGAGUCCAGACUAACCGAGUAUCCAGGCCGUAAUCAGGAAACACCUCAAGCCAAAUCCUGUUCUCCAACUCUGAAGAUCUUCGUUGGUUUACUCGCCUUCUGUCAUUUCACAAAAUCCCUGACAAGUGCUUACACCAAAAGUACCAUCACUCAGAUUGAGAGGCGGUUUGAGAUCCCAAGCUCCACUAUUGGCAUCAUUGAUGGCAGCUUUGAAAUGGGUAGUCUGUUGGUCAUUACUGUUAGCUACUUUGGCGGUAAGUUUCACAGGCCCAAGAUCAUUGCAGCAGGAGUCCUGUUGAUGGGUAUCGGGACACUAUUAAUGGCUUUACCUCACUUCAUCAUGGACCGGUACAAGUACGAUACAGCUGCCACCCAUACUAAUGAUGCUGGUAAUUUCACAGUGAGCUCUACAUGCUCUUCUCACACCCAGGAUACUGUUCAGCAGCUUGUUUCCGGGUGUCUAAAAAGGGAAGCAAAAAGCUCACUUAUGUGGGUGAUUGUACUGUUUGGAAUUGGGGAAGCCAGCAUCGGCCCUCUGGGAAUGUCAUUCAUAGAUGAUUAUGCACGCCCAGAAAACUCAGCUUUUUACAUUGGUUGUCUGCACACACUUGGAGUGAUUGGGCCACUUUUUGGUUACUCACUUGGAUCUCUGUGCGCUAGUCUCUAUGUGAACAUUGGCUCAGUGAAUCAAGAGAGUGUGACUAUCACCCCAGAGGACUCUCGCUGGGUUGGAGCCUGGUGGUUGGGUUAUAUGGUUUCUGGGCUGUUGACUCUUCUUGCUCCUUUGCCUCUCUGGUUCCUGCCAAGAGCUCUACCUGAAAAUCCCCAAACCUCUAAACAAGACCAUCCCUCAAGCCAACACAAACACACACUCUGCAUUCCAGAGAUAGCCAAAGAUUUUGGGUCAUCUCUAAAGCAUCUGCUCACCAAUGGGAUCUUUCUCCUGUACCUGGGUUACAGUGUAUUGUCAUUCAAUGCCUUUACCAUUUUUAUAACAUACACACCAAAGUAUUUGGAGCAGCAGUUUGGACAAAGCGCAUCCAAGACCAAUUUUCUCAUAGGAGUGAUGUCUAGUCCGGCAGUGGCUCUGGGUAUUUUCCUGAGUGGUUGGAAAAUGAAGAGGUUUAAACUUAGUCUGCUGGGAUCUGCAAGACUGAUGUUCUUCGCCUCUGUAACCUCAUUGGUUUGCACCAUACCUUACUUUGCUUUCAGCUGUGAAAACUUAGAUGUUGCUGGGGUCACAGUGCCCUAUCAAGGAUUUAUUGAAGUUCAAGAUACAAGCCAUGAUUUCCUCACUUCUUGCAAUGCUAACUGUGGAUGUACUGACUUCCAGUGGGAUCCAGUGUGUGGACAGAACGGAGUGACCUACAUCUCUCCUUGUCACGCUGGCUGCAAUUCCACUCUGGGCGCAGGACAGAAUAUGACAUUCCAUGGCUGUUCAUGUAUCCAGAGCCGGGGACUGACUUCUGGGAACUCCUCUGCAGUGCUUGGACAGUGUUCACGAGAGAGUAACUGCACUAAAAUGUUCUACAUCUAUCUGGCACUGCAAUUUUUUACCUUGUUUGUGUACUCUCUGGGCACUACUCCCUUCUUCUUCAUCACAAUGAGGAUUGUGGAUCCUGCGCUGAAGUCUCUCUCAAUGGGCAUAUUUCUGUUAGUUUUGAGAGUUUUUGGUGCUGUUCCUGCUUCGAUUUUCUUUGGUGCUCUUAUUGACUCUACCUGUCUGAAAUGGGGCCAGAAGAAAUGCGGCGGAAGUGGUGCGUGCAGAAUCUAUGACAUUGAAAUUUUCAGGUACCUAUUUCUGGGACUGGUCAGCGCACUUUGGGCAUUUAGCUAUACCCUGUUAUGGAUUGUCGUCACACAGAUUAAGAGGAAAGUACGGAACAAUAAGCAAAUGUCCAAGGAUACAGAACUCCAACAGCCUGUGCUAUGUGAUCCAGAACAGGAAAAUACUUUACAAUAAUGUAAUUAAUAAAUAAAAUAUAAAAUAGCUAAAAAAUAAGAUGACUUAUAUCUAUAACAAUAAUAUUAAUUACAUUGUUAUAGAUUACUGGUUGUGGAAAAAAAACAGAGGAAGAAGGGACUUGAGCACAAAUUAGCACAGCAUGGUGUUUUCCCCAUUAAUACAUAAAUGUUGUAAAUAUAACUUUAAAUUUAUCGUUGUCACUUGGUUACUCAUGUAAUUACUGUAUUAAAAAUAUUUAUUGGUAUAAUGUGUUUGUGUGAUUAGUUGCCUCAUUGAUGAUGUAUCAUGAGUCAAAUAAAGUGUGGUGUUUCUAACUGAACUCAGAAUUGGGAUUUUCGAAACUGACAUCAACAAGUUGUCCGAAGACAAUAACGGGUAUUGUUUUGGUUUAAGGAGAAGUUCGAUGAAAGGUUUUGAUCCACUUCAAA